GUAUACAGCGGAGCUAGAAGUCGAGGUAUUUUUAGUGCAAUCGACUCCUUCAACCACGUGUGCCCAUGUUGAUCAGGAUGUCCAUUCAAUCGGCCUUCUUGCCAAUAUUGGUCCUGGGACUGGUGUCGAGUUUAGUGUGCUGCGGUCCCUUCCCCGGCAGGCAAAACGGCACCCCGGAGGGCCACUGGGAGACCCUCUACUCUCGCUCUUUGGCACGGAUCCCCGGCGAAAGGAGGGAUAUCAACCGGGACAGUGACUAUCUUAUUGGCAUCAAAAGGCUGCGGCGCCUUUACUGCAAUGUAGGCAUUGGGUUUCACAUCCAGGUUUUGCCAGAUGGCAAGAUAACCGGAGUGCACAACGAAAAUCGAUACAAAGAAGUUAAUAUUCCAGGAGUGGAAAGAGGUGUUGUGACAUUAUUUGGUGUAAGGAGUGGUCUGUUCGUGGCCAUGAAUAGCAAAGGCAAGCUCUAUGGAUCUACACAUUUCAGUGACGAGUGCACGUUUAAAGAGAUGCUCCUGGCCAAUAACUACAACGCAUACGAAUCUCGAGCGUAUCCCGGGAUGUAUAUAGGAAUAAGCAAAAAUGGCAAAACAAAGAAAGGAAACAGAGUUUCCCCAACAAUGACAGUUACGCAUUUCUUACCCAGAAUCUGAGUGAUCGUUUCAGACUUUACCUCAACCAAGUGAGACAGAUCGAACACAAAACAGUGCACUUUCAAACGGAGCGUUUUAUGCAAGAGUAGGUGUAUCAUAUUAAAAUUAAUUAUUUAAGUAUUUCUCCCUCUCUCCCUCUCUCUUUUAUUAAUUAUAAUUCUCAUGAAUUUUAUA